AAAGACAUUUCUCAGCACUGCGCUCCCUUACCUGGCGAGCAGAGCCAAGUCUGUGCACUAAAGGAGUCAAACGAACUAAAAGAAACGACAGAUCAUCGGGGAAUAAACACGUGCUUGCAUCGGUUUGGAACAAUUAUGGAUUAACCUUCUUGGGUCUGAAGAGAAACUGCUACCAAGAUACUUAACUGCCAGACUAGACCAUGGACUGGAAAACCUUUCAAGCCCUCCUCAGUGGGGUGAACAAAUACUCCACGGCAUUUGGGCGUCUUUGGCUGUCAGUGGUGUUUGUGUUCAGGGUGUUGGUGUAUGUGGUGGCAGCAGAACGAGUGUGGGGUGACGAGCAGAAGGACUUUGACUGCAACACCAAGCAGCCCGGCUGUGCCAACGUCUGCUAUGAUCACUUCUUCCCCAUCUCCCACAUCCGCCUAUGGGCCUUGCAGCUCAUCUUUGUCACCUGUCCAUCAUUAAUGGUGGUCAUGCAUGUGGCGUAUCGUGAUGACCGUGAGCGCAAGUACAAGGCCAAGCAUGGUGAGAACACCAAGCUGUACAACAACACGGGCAAGAAACAUGGCGGCUUAUGGUGGACUUACCUGAUCAGCCUCUUUGCUAAGACGGGCAUUGAAAUCGCUUUCCUCUAUAUCCUCCACCGAAUAUACAACAGCUUCUACCUGCCAAGGCUGGUCAAGUGUGAAGUGUCGCCUUGCCCGAACAUUGUGGACUGCUACAUUGGUCACCCCACUGAAAAAAAAGUCUUUACAUACUUCAUGGUCGGAGCUUCAGCCCUCUGCAUCGUCCUGAAUAUCUGUGAGAUCUUUUAUCUCAUCUACAAGCGCAUUGUACAGUGUGCAAAAAAGGUUAAAAGACGCAACCGCGCCAUGGACAUCCAACAUGACGACUUUGAGGACCCCUUUAACAACUCCAACCGUGUUGGGUCGAAGCAUGAUCUAAAGGAAAAGCCUUCAUUCCUCAAAUCUUCAUACAAGUCUCCUCCAUACAGACCAUCUGCAAUCAGACUUGAGGAGAAGAUACGAGCCUCUGCUCCUAACCUAUCUAUCUCAUGAUCAGAGCUGAAACCAGGCCAAAGAGCAAAAGCUCUGCAGAGUUUGGGCUGCAAUCCAAAGACAGAACUAAAAAAAUGAGAGACUCAGAACAAUGAGCCAAACUACAUUCUGUCAGAGCCUGGAAGUUGAGUCAUCAGUACUGGAUUCAUCCUGUGGACCCUUGUGUCCACAUGCAACACUUAAGGAGCACAUGAACUUUUGUUUUGGCUUGAAGCAAAAUUGGUCUUUUAGUGAUAUGCGGUUUGAAUUUUUUAAUAAAGGUUCACUGCGCGGUGAGGGGUUGGUGGUGGUAAUGAAUCCUCCCUGCCAGUAUCCACAUGUCUGAGCACCCUACUUCCCGUUUUGCUUCUGUGAUCCCUUUAUUUUAAUUUGAACUUAAAUCAUGGAUUUCCUUUCCCAGUUUUAUAGUAAAGUGUUGUGCAGCAGAGUGUGGAGGCUCGUUUGGUGAUACGUAUGUUUGAGGAAUAGUAGAAAUUGUGCAAACUGGCUUAAAAAAUGAGUUUUCUAUUGCAUUUAGGAUCAACUAUGGUAACAAAAAAUGCAUUUAUUGUUGUUGCAUUGUUCCUUCUGAAUCCUUGGUAGACAUGUUGCUUGGUCUCAGUUUAUGCUGUAGACACGCUGUGUUUUGACGUACUUGUACACAACGCCGUCUGAUCCAAGACCACUGUUGAUUUUAAAGGUGAAAGGAAUGCUGCUGUUUAAUUCAGUGCUGGAAGACUGUGGACACACACACGGCUCACGGAACUGUAUUCAAGUAUUUUUGUGAGUCAUUCAUUGGCGACUGUGGAAGCUCUGAGGAAUUGUAUUUCCUGUCCUUGUUAUUAUUUCAUUUUUAUAAUUGUAAAGAUGUUAAAUGUUUGGAAUAUGUUUCUGUUUGUUCUUUUAUCAGAGCGUCACUCCAUGCCAGUUCAAAUGCCUAAAAUGUCUAAAAACAGCCCUAGCUUCAUCCUCUACUUUGUUGCUAUUAAGAGCUGCCUUUAAUCCCCUUGAUUAAUUUUUUUUUUUAGGCCGAUCUGUGGUCAGGUGGGACGUCUGCUUGUCAUUAUAUUAUGUUCAAGUUGUUUCAAAAACAUACGUUGAUUUGAAAAAUCAACAUACGUUUGACAACUUUCACAUUUGUAAACAAGUUAGAAUUUAGAUAACUACAUAACUUAGAUUUUGGUCACCGACUCAUUCCUACGGGCUUUGCUUGUCUAAGAUCUUUAGCGGACAUUUCUGGAAUCUCAAUCUGCCUGUCAGGCUCACAAAGCCGGUUUUAAAAGGUGUAGCAGGAACCGUUUUUAUCCUGAGUCAUUUACGCAAGCUGGAAAAUUACUAUAGAAAUGGUGAUGAUGCACUCUCACCUCCAUUGACUUGCAUUGCA